AUGGCUCCAAACGAUAAGAAACAAUCUGGUGCUGCCCGUUUAUUGGGUUCUGCUUCUGCAGGUAUUAUAGAAAUUGGUGUCUUCCAUCCUGUUGACACUAUCUCUAAAAGAUUAAUGACAAAUCAUUCAAAAGUCACUUCACUUGGGGAAUUCAAUAAAGUCAUUUUCAAACAACAUUCUGAACUUCCAUUUAAUAAGAAAUUCUUCACUUUGUAUCCCGGUCUUGGUUAUGCCGCUGUGUAUAAAGUUCUACAAAGAGUCUACAAAUAUGGUGGUCAACCAUUUGUUAAUGAUUAUUUGAAUAAAAACUAUAGGAGUGAUUUUGAUAAUGCAUUUGGUGAAAAAACUGGUAAGGCGCUAAGAUCGGCCACCGCAGGUUCAAUCAUCGGUAUCGGUGAAAUUGUUUUAUUACCUUUUGAUGUACUAAAGAUCAAAAGACAGACCAACCCAGAAGCCUUCAGAGGAAGAAGUUUCAUCAGAAUUUUGAAAGAUGAAGGUAUCUUCAAUUUGUACAGAGGCUGGGGUUGGACUGCAGCUCGUAACGCUCCUGGUUCAUUUGCUUUGUUCGGUGGUAAUGCUUUUGCAAAGGAGUACAUCUUAGGUUUACAAGAUUACUCCCAAGCUACUUGGUCACAGAAUUUCAUUUCGUCAAUUGUCGGUGCCUCUGCGUCUUUAAUCGUCUCUGCACCAUUGGAUGUUAUCAAAACUAGAAUCCAAAACAGAUCCUUUGAAAAUCCAGAAAGUGGGUUGACUAUCGUCAAGAAUACUAUCAAGAAUGAAGGUAUAACUGCCUUCUUCAAAGGUUUAACUCCAAAGUUGUUAACAACUGGUCCAAAAUUGGUUUUCUCAUUCGCUCUAGCUCAAUCCUUGAUUCCAAGGAUCGACCAAUUUAUGAAUGAACGCAAAUAG